AACAUAGCCCUUUACCCAAGCAGUCGAAGAAAAUCCAAAGAGUGACGUAACCAACCGAGCAGCACCCGGAAGAAUGACAAAUGUUUAUCGCUGAGGUUUCGGUUUCCUUAAUGCACAGAUCACACACCACACAUCAAAAUGGCCUCAUACUUUGAUGAACAUAACUGUGAGCCCACCAACCCUGAGGAGCAAUAUCGUCAGAAUGCACUACUGGAGCUGGCCAGGUCCUUAAUGCAGGGUCUGGACUUGAUUGACUCCGGGGCAUUCGACCUGUCAGACUGGGACCAGCGGCUUCCUCCGCCGGCUGCCAAAACUGCUGUUCAGACCCUCACUGUGGUUGUCAUUUCCGCAGAACAAGCAGACAAAGGUUUGAAGUGUCCUGUGUGUUUGCUGGAGUUCGAGGAACAAGAGACGGUUCGAGAAAUGCCUUGCAAACACCUCUUCCACUCAGGGUGUAUACUACCCUGGUUGGGCAAGACUAACUCCUGUCCGCUUUGCCGACUUGAGUUACCGACUGACAAUCCAGAGUAUGAGGAGUUUAAAAAGGACAAGGAGAGAAGAAAACAGAGGGAGCACCGACUUGAGGACCUGCAUGGAGCCAUGUACACCUGAUGAAAGUGCUGAAUGCUUCAAGAACAGUGAACUGCAUUCAGCCCAAUUCCACGAAGAUAGAACCCUGUUUGAUAGGGUUAAUACUUAGACCAUUUUGCUACCUACAAGAAAAGAAAAACACUCAAACAAUUCCCUAACUUUUCCACAGAAUCCCUUUAACAGCCACUGACAUCACUGGAUGCUCCGUUGUGUUAAAAUGAGAGUUUUUAUUAAAUGGCACCGGCUUUGGGAACCAAAUAAUGGAACAUUUCAGAUGUGCUUUUUUUUUUUUACCCGAUGUUUCCAAAUGGAGCUGAUAGCAGCUCUGAGCACUCUGACUUUAAAUUCCUUUUUUAUUAAAAUUUUUGAACUUCCAAUGUGCAUAAAAGUUGUACUUAUCAGGUAAAUGGAAAUGUUUAGGAAGAGGAAAUGAUCAGUGACUAUUUGUUAUAUAUAAACCAAAAAAUGUUUUAACUUGGAAAGCUCUUUUUUUUCCCAUGUGUAUUUGUUUUGGCUAUUAAAGCUGGUAACAUCAUGCCUAAAAAGUCUAAUCAA